AGGUCGCGUCGCGAGGUGUCUUCGUCUUAGCAACGCACGGUUCGAACAUGUUCUAAUUUGGAGAUAUUAUUUAAAAACGCCCUCAAAUUUUUGCAAACAAUACAAAUACUUAGCAAAAUGUUGUAACACAAUAUUUUAAAUACUAACCAAUUUUCGGAUAUACAAAUAAUUGUGUAAAACUUGAGAAAUAUAGCUGUGAAAAGUAAAAAUAUAAAAUCGAAAUAUGUGUUUGCUUGACUAGAGUAUAUCGCAUAGCCCCUCAAAUAAAAAAUUGCAUAACAGCAUCAGUAUAUGUGUAUAUGUGUGGUGUGUGCGUUUGUGAAUAAAAACACAAAAAAUAACGAGAAAAUAGAAAAGUGAGAGAGGGUAGUUCGUUUCCUCGGUGGGACACGAAGAAGAAAUCCAUAUAAUCAUCAACAAAAAACAGUAAAUUCAUAGAAGGGUGUGUGAGUGUGUGCAUGUUUUUACAAACGAUAUAAAUUCACCACUUACAAACUAACCUUUAUUAUCACACCACCUUAGCAACUGUUAUUUGUGUGUGGAAAGCACUCACUAUUAACAUUUAUACAACUUAACUCUACAUUAGCUAACUAUAACUAGCAUUUGAAUGAAUCUAUAAAUCUACCUAACUUAUAUACAAUAAUAAACAAAAUAUAAAUCCGUCCAGUGUUUUAAGAAGUGUAAUUACUUCUCUGUAUCUACAGAUAUACAUUUAUACAGAUACUAUACAUGCAGAUGUACAUAUGUAUGUAUAUGAGUAUUUAGUGCUUGUGUAUGUGCGUGAAUGUUUGUUUUGAUUCACAAAUAGAAAAAUUAAAUAAAAUAAACAAAAAAAAAAUUUAGUGUAUUAGAGUUGUUUACAAAAUAAAUAAAAUAUGUAUAUUUAAAAAAGAGUCGAGGAAGCCCAGCUUCAAUUGUCAAAAGUGUAAAUAAUUAGUAAACAACAUAACGCAAUUUUAAAUAAUUUUUUAUACAUCAUUUUCAUGUAUUCGACGAUAUCAUUAAUUGGAGAUAAAAAGAGUUAAAGUUGACAAAAAGAAGUCAAUUUUCAACAUACGUACUAAUUUAAACCCACCGGUAAAAUAUUAAUUGCAAAAAUAGCAACGUGGAAUUGGAUUUGCAACAAAUAAAAAUAAUAAAAACAAAAAACCAACCAUUCGAACGUUUUACAUUUUAUAAACAAAAACAAACAAAUAAGAAACACUAUAAAAUUGACAAAGCAAUGAUGGCGCAAACCAAAAGUUAGGAAACCGCAAUUUAAAACAUAACCAUCAACAUCAUUAUCAUCCAUCGUCAUCAUGCUCCACAAUAGCAACAGAAACUAAGCAGCCAAGCAGUCAAACAACAACAACAAUACAAUUAAACAACUUAAACGUACGAAGUUGCACUUGGAAAUUCACCACAGCUGUUCUUUCAGGUGUAAUAAACAAAACACACAUCCGCAGACAGAUACGAAAAAAGAGCUGGUGCAAUUAAAUGAGAACUAAUGCGUGAGAGUUAUAGAUACACACACACAUACUACAUCUAAACAGUGUAUCUUGUUGUUUACAUGCAUACAUAAGUUUGGUAUUAAUAAGGCAGCGGUCAUAGCAAAGGUAGAAGAAAUACAAAAACAUAUUGCCUGUCUGGUUGAGUGUGUGUUGCGGCGAAAGCAAAGCAGAAGGUAAAACAAAGGAGAAAACAAAACAUAGAGCGAAAAGUGUAAAAGCCAAAUUAGAAUUAGCAACGUAACCAACAGUAUUUUAAAAAUAACAAAAGUUGAAAUUCAAGCAACAAACGCCUAGCGUUAAACGGAGACAACAAUAUUGUAUUAAAUACAACGUCAACAAACUAAAACCAAUACACACGUAUACCGUAAUUCACCAUUUAAAAAACAGUUCGGAGAGAGUGAGAGGUAUAGCGAGCUGAAACAGAACCGAAUAGAACAGACAAAAAGAAACAACUACAGUCGACCAUCAACAUCAACUCGCAAUAGAACAAACAACGAACGAGGAGCAGAUCGACCGACAGACUCACCGACCAACAAACCAAACUAAUCAACCGACCGACCGACCGAACGUCCGACAUAAGUUUUGUUUUGUGCGCUAGAAGAGCAAAUAACGCAGCAAUUGUCGGCGAUUCCGCAGUCUGCUUUAGAAGGGACAUGGCCGUCUUUUUGCUCAACAUUUGUAAAUUUAAUGGCUGCGGAAUCACAUUUCCAAGUUUGGGUGAUUUAAUCCAACACAUUGAGGACACACAUAUUGAUUAUGAUCCAAAAGUGGUGGAACAAAAAGAGCAAGCCCAACCGGCUUGCCUACCGUUGAGCUAUGUUUUACGAUUUAUAUCGGAUGAUGCACGUAAAGAGAGUCCAUUUCUCACGGCAAAUGCAGCUGGCGUUGAACUUAAACGCAAGCUGGCGAUUAAACAUCACAGCUAUAGCAUGUCUUCAUCAAAUCGCAGUAAUACGCCUACCGGCAGCGAAAUGGAUGAAGACGAAAUGGUUGUUUCUGAGUCAGAGGAUAGUAAUGAUUCCUGGACAACCGAAGAAUUUAGUUCUGAAUUCAUAAUGCGCUAUGGCAGCAGGCAUUCCGGAUCCGGCAGCAAUGGCACACCCGGCAAUGAAAAACCAUUUGCCUGUCCUGUUCCGGGGUGUAAAAAACGUUAUAAAAAUGUCAAUGGUAUUAAAUAUCAUUCGAAGAAUGGGCAUAAAAAGGACGGCAAAGUACGCAAAGGCUAUAAAUGUCAUUGUGGAAAAAGUUAUAAGACUGCCCAAGGUUUGAAAAGCCAUGCUUUGGUGGCACACAAUUCCUCACCCGAGAAUGUGUUGGCAACGCAAAAUUUGGGUAGUGUGCUGACCACUACUAGCGGUGGUAUACUUAUGCAACGCAGUAGUUCACCGUCACAGUCGCUGGGCUCUUUGAGUCCAUCUAGUAUUAGCAACAUGUCUAGCGGUGCAAGUAGUUGCCAUGGCAGCGGUGGACAUUUCUCAAAUAGCAACAGCUCCACAGUUGGUUCUACGGCUUGUUUAGGUCAAGCUAUUAAUGGAACAACUCUCAAUUUACAACCUCAACAGCAGCAGCAACAAUACACUACAACUGCCAAUAAUCAUCAGCAACAAGUUGUUACUGCUGGAGGAGUUUCGAGCGGUGUUACAAUACCAUCGGUAUUAACGGGUUCAAUAGCGGCGUCUGCAGCAUCAGUAACACACAACACAACGGCAACAGAGUCCUCCUCCUCUCCUUUUAGUGGACAAUUGUUAGCCACAGCUAUACAACAGCGUAUUCUUUCAACCGCUAAUGCUGGCGGUGGUUUCGGUGGUAGUGGUGGUGGAGGCGACGGCAGUGUUAUAAACAACAAUUCAAAUUGCUUUUAUGCAGCUACAGCUCCUGUUACACCAUCAGCGAACUUGCCACUCAACGCAAAUGCCACUGCUACAGCUACAUUAUCAUCACUACCACCUGCCGCCAUAUCACCGACAUUUAUUGAACACAAAUAUUCGGCAAAUACAUUUAAAGAAAAAUUUUUCGCCAAUUUGCGACAACAUAAUUUAAAUAAAACAAACUCGUUGAAAACCAGCAACAGUAUUAAGAAAACAGAAUAUGAUGAUAGCAAUGAAACUAACUCUUUAAGAAGUCUAGAUAUUGUUGCCACAAAUGAAAUUGGAAUCGGUUGUGGUAAUGUUAAUAAUAGUAAUAUUGACGGAGGUGGUGGUGUUGAAAACGAUGUUGGUGGUGGUGAAGGUGUUAAUAACAGUAACAGUAAUAACAAUAUAAAUAUUCAUCAAACGAAUAUGUGUUCUACGAUACAACAGCAAUUAUCGGAAAAUGUUAAACAUAAUUUAUAUAAAAAAACAAUUAAUUAACGUCUUCUAUUUUGUUUGUUACACAUUUUAUAACAAAAUCUCAUCCUACACCCUACCUAGAACUCCAAACCCCCUUCCCCCCAAACUGAUACAUGGCUGUGAUGUGUGGAAUAAAAACAAAACAAACAAAUAAACAAAAUAAUAUUAAUAUUAGAGAAUAAAAGGCUUUAGAAAUUUAAUGAUACGAAGAAAAGAAAGAAAUAUAAUCAAUCAUAUAAUGACUGGAGAGUGAGGAAAAGAGAACCUGAAUUUUUCUGUGAAUUGCGAAGUGAGAAAAGAGGAUUAUAAAAGCUGUUUGAAUGAAUACUUAGUGGAGAAAAUGCAAGUUUAUUUUAACAACUAUUUUUUGUUUUAUGAUUUUUCUUAACUAUUUUUUAUUGUUUGUGUUGUUUUUCUUUAUCUUAUGUUGUUGAAUAAUUUAUAAAGUAAAAAAGGUCAUACAAAACAAAAAUCACACCAUUAAUAUAACAAUCUUUGAUGUAUAAUGAAAAUAUUUUUUCUAAUAAUAGAUUAAACCUAAACACGCUUAUUUCUUAAAAGUAAUGCUAUUUACAUAUACAUACAUAUGUUCAAAAUGGAUCAAUCAAUUAAUUUUUACUUUUAUAGAUUUUGAUGAAAGUUAAAAAAAAAUGAAAAAUCAAAAAAAUAACAAUCUGUAUUAUGAGGGUCGUUGACGUGUAAUUUUUUUUUUUAAUUUGUUUAACGUUAUUGAAAAUGAUUUAAAUUCAUUGAAGCGAUUACAUCAUUUGUUAAACCAGAAACUGAUUUUAUAGCUUCAAUAAUGCUGAAGUCUAGUGAACAAAUGUAACAUUAAUUUAUCAGUUAAAUCCAAAUACAUAAUAAAUUUAGAUAUCAAUUAAAAUUGAUUGAUCCAUUUUUACAUUUUUUUAGCAGAAAAAAUAUUAAAAUUUUUUAAAAUAAAUAAAACAUAAUAUAGUUUGGGUUGUGAUAAUCUUUUUUAAAUAAAGUUUAACCUAACGCAUCCCAUUUUUUAUUUCCCUUCAAAAAUAAAAUAAAUCCUAACUUUGAAGAAGAGAAAAAUAACAACCAAGUCCUAUAAAAAUUAUUAAAUAAAAAAAAACAAAUUUCGAAAUGACGAAAAAUCAUAAAACUCGCCGUAAAGCAUGUUUAUCCUAAAUUAUCGAAAAUAAAAAAUUAAUUCUACAACUUUUUAUUCAACUAGGCUUAAACCUUCUCAAAUAAAAAAAUUAAAACCUAAAUAAUAUUAGUUACUAACGCUUAAACAAAAAAGGAAUAUAAAUCAUUGUCCACAUUAAUGUUUAUAUAUUGUAAGAUUUUUUUUUAGCAAAAUAUAGUAAUAUUUGUAAAACCAUAUAUUAAAUUAAACAAAAAAAAAAAACAAACAAAAAAUCCUAUAAAACAUAAAAAUGUUAAAAAAAACAACUCUAGUUAAAAUUAUUUAUAUGCUAUUUCUUUAGCGUAACGUAAUAAAAUAAAUAUAAAAAUAUUUAUAUAAACAUUUUUGAAGAUUUAUUUUCUUCGCCUAGUCACUAUCGUAUACAUAUGUAGUUAAAUUAAUUUUUUGUAAUUAUAUAUACAUAUAAAUAUGAAAUAAAAAAGAAACAAAAUAUAUAAAAACUAUAUUUAAAUUAAAAAAAUUAAAAA